GGUUGGCUUUUGCUAUGCAGCACCUGGGAGGAGGCUGGAGGUGGAGCAUCUGGGACCUAGAUCAUGUAUAGCAGCGAGAGGUUUUCUGGGCUGAAGGGACCACUAGGCUUGAGAUGAAAGAAGCAGGGCAGAUGCAAAAUCUGGAAAGCGCUGGGGCCGGGCGGUCAGUCAGCACCCAGACUGACAGCAUGACCGGUCAAAUACCAAGGCUUUCUAAAGUCAACCUUUUCACUCUGCUCAGUCUCUGGAUGGAGCUCUUCCCAGCAGUAGAAGCCCAAAGACAAAAAUCUCAGGUGAAGAAAACUGGUCUUGUCGUGGUGAAAAACAUGAAAAUUAUUGAUCUUCACUGUUCGAGUGAAGAUUUACAUGCUGGAAAAAUUGCUCUUAUAAAACAUGGGUCAAGGCUGAAAAACUGUGACCUCUAUUUUUCUAGAAAACCAUGUUCUGCUUGUUUGAAAAUGAUCGUAAAUGCUGGAGUUAACCGAAUUUCAUAUUGGCCUGCUGAUCCAGAAAUAAGUUUGCUUUCUGAGGCUACUAGUUCUGAAGAUGCAAAGUUAGAUGCCAAAGCAGUGGAAAGAUUGAAAUCAAACAGUAGGGCCCAUGUUUGUGUCUUGCUUCAGCCUUUGGUGUGUUAUAUGAUGCAGUUUGUAGAGGAGACCUCUUACAAAUGUGACUUUAUUCAAAAAAUUGCAAAAACAUUCCCAGAUGCUAACACUGACUUUUAUUCUGAAUGUAGACAAGAAAGAGUAAAAGAAUAUGAAAUGUUAUUUUUGGUUUCAAAUGAAGAACUACAUAAGCAAAUACUGAUGACUAUAGGUUUGGAGAAUCUAUGUGAAAAUCCAUACUUUAACAAUCUAAGGCAAAACAUGAAAGACCUUAUCCUGCUUUUGGCCACAGUAGCUUCCAGUGUGCCUACCUUUAAACACUAUGGAUUUUAUUGUGGCAAUACCGAACAGAUUAAUGAAAUUCACAAUCAAAGUUUGCCACAAGAAAUUGCAAGACACUGCAUGGUUCAGGCCAGGUUAUUGGCAUAUCGAACUGAGGAUCAUAAAAUAGGAGUCGGAGCAGUAAUUUGGGCAGAAAGAAAAUCUCAAAAUUGUGAUGGGACAGGCAGGAUGUACUUCAUAGGAUGUGGUUAUAAUGCUUUUCCUGUUGGAUCUGAGUAUGCUGACUUCCCCAACAUGGAUGACAAACAGAAGGACAGAGAAAUAAGGAAAUUCAGAUACAUUGUCCAUGCAGAACAGAAUGCCUUAACAUUUAGGUGUCAAGAAAUAAAACCAGAAGAAAAAAGUAUGAUUUUUGUGACAAAGUGCCCAUGUGAUGAGUGUGUACCUUUAAUUAAAGGUGCAGGCAUAAAACAAAUUUAUACAGGGGAUAUAGAUGUUGGAAAAAAGAAGGCAGACAUCUCUUACAUGCGAUUUGGAGAACUUGAGGGUGUUAGCAAAUUUACAUGGCAACUGAAUCCAUCAGGAAGUUGUGUUCUUGAACAAAAUGAACCGGAAAGCAGAGAGAAUGGUAUGGUGAGACCCAUCCCUCUGAAUGAAGAACUGCACCAAAACAAGAAGUUGUGUCUUGGAAACCACUAAGGAGUCCCAUCUAAACUGGAGUGAAGACUUCAAGAAUUUUUCUUGUGCUUUUAAAAGUCAGCCUUGUUAACUCAGAAAAUAAGUAUGGAUUUUGUAAAUAGUUGAAAAAAUUUUUAAGAAAGCUAAUUUAUUACUAGUGUAUGAUGUUAAUGAGAAUAUUUUAUUUGAGAUAUAUUUGUUUUCCAGAAUAUAAAACUAUGCUCUUUUAUUAUACUAAAUGAGGUAGCAGUGAUUUAAUAAUAUCAAUUUAAUUGCCCAGAGGGGUUGAUUUCUCCCUCUGUUUGCUUUAUAUUAGCCAGUUCACUGGAGGUCACAUCUCCACAGAGAAAUGCACACCUUUUAAGAAAUAUUCCUUUGGAUUAUGACGGUGACAAUUAGUAAACUGCUCUAAGGAUAUAAAUGACAACCUGACCAUUUUUAAGAGUCUGUAUGAAUCACCAACAGUUCACAUUUAUACCCAAAGCUUUCUAAUAACCAGAAUUUAUUUAAGAUUGAAUCAUAAAAAUAAAGUUGGUGGAACUGGUCUGUAUUAUUAAAAGUAUUUUUUAAAAGGUUAUUAAUAUUUCUUAAGUCUUUUGACAUGUAGAAAUCAUAAUGAUUUGUUGGACUACGGUGUUGUAUUACUGUUUUGGAGUACAAUAGGAAAAUAUUAUUCUGAAAGAGUAUGACUAUUUUAUAGCACUGAGUCCUGAAAUCACUGUCAAUGAACCUUAAAUUUGGUUUUGAUCUUAACAGAGAAGAAAUAUUUAGUCUGGAAUACUGAAACUAGCUUUUUAGAAUUCUGUCCAUAAUGCUGCCCAUUUUUUCCUCCAUAUAUUUAACAUAAAGUGUCUCAUGCAAGGCCUUUUAGAAACAUUUGCAAACCUUAAGCAUACUGGAAGUAAACAUUAUGGUAGUUCAGUUACAGUCCAAACUGCUCUUUCAGAGUCCUUUUUUCCAUGAGAAACUUGAAGAAAAUUAAUCCAAAGAUAAGAUUUCUGUUCACUUUCUUAUG